AUGCAGGUCAGAUUAUGGGUAGUAACCGUCAGCCUGGUGGAAAAAGAAUACGAGUUCAAGUCACUGCUACUUCAUGACAUAGAGAAGGUUCAAAGCGUGGAAUCAAGAAGAUACGUCAAGGAAGACCAAAGAAAAGAUCGUAAAGCUUUAUCAGAGAAUCGACCUAAUGGUGUAAAAUAA